GCAGCGCUUAGUAGCGGGCCGGGAGACUGGCGAGACUUUCCAGCGCAACCGGGUCCGGGGCUUGAUGAUGCUAGAAGAACCUCGCGCUCGGGGCUCUAGUGUCAGCUGGAGAGGGCUACUUUCAGGCCUUUAGCUAGCUUAGCCAGCGCAGCCUGUUUUUUAAGUUCCGGUUUAGAAGCAAUGGGCUCAAAAAACUUCAAAUUAAAAGUGAAGAAGAAAAUAGAAAGGUAGCAACAAAAAUAAAUGCAAAAAAAAAAUUCAUUAGAUUUCCCCAAAGGUGCAUUUCACAAAUUGCAGCGUACUAUUAACAAGUGAGGGUUUUUUUUCCCCCGUAACUUUUUCCUUUUAAGGACUUAAAAAAAAAACAAAAAGGCGAGAUGAAAUCUGCAGGCUCCAGUCUGCCUGGUAACACCCCGACAAAAGCGGCAGAUUUGAGGCAUUGUCAUCCCCCGCACCCCUCCCCACGUGGCCUUCUGGCACGAGCCGCGGGCAGCCGCCUCAUUUGCAUCAGAAAGCGGGCGCGGGCCAAUGGGCUCGCAGGCUCGCGCCAGCUGGCGGCGCCACCCGGCUCAGCCUAUAUAAGGGCAGACCGCGGAGCCGGGGCUCACUCGCAGGCAGUGGGCUCACCGGGCUGGGUCGUAGACUUUUCUUCUUCGCUCGCGUCUGCUCCGCCCUCUGUUCUUGCGGAUAACUUGCUGCUCGCAGAUCUCAACAUGACUCUGGAAGAAGUUCGUGGCCAGGACACGGUUCCAGAAAGCACAGCCAGGAUGCAGGGCGCCGGGAAAGCGUUGCACGAGCUGCUGUUGUCGGCGCAGCGCCAAGGCUGCCUCACGGCCGGCGUCUACGAGUCAGCCAAAGUCCUGAACGUGGACCCCGACAAUGUGACCUUCUGCGUGCUGGCCGCCGACGAGGAGGACGAGGGCGAUAUCGCGCUGCAGAUCCACUUCACAUUGAUCCAAGCGUUCUGCUGUGAGAACGACAUAGACAUCGUGCGCGUGGGCGACGUUCAGCGGCUGGCGGCGAUCGUGGGUACCGGCGACGAGUCGGGGGCGCCUGGAGACCUGCAUUGUAUCCUCAUUUCGAACCCCAAUGAGGACUCCUGGAAGGACCCCGCCUUGGAGAAGCUUAGCCUGUUCUGCGAGGAGAGCCGCAGCGUCAACGACUGGGUGCCCAAUAUCACCCUUCCCGAGUGACAGCCCGGUGGGGAUCCUUGGUUUGAUCGACGUGGUGACGCCCCGGGGCGCCUAGCGCGGGGCUGGCUCUGUGGAUGCGCCCUCGGAGGGCGCCGGAGUGCGGCGUGGAGACUGGCAGGCGGGGGCGCGUGGAGAGCGGCGAGGAGGUGCGGUUCCCUCCCGAGGAGGGGCCCGGCGGCGACAGGGGCAGGCUGGCCCCAGCCCAGGACUCUACAAGUGUGGGGAGCGGCUGCUCGCCCAGGAAGGCCGGAGGCGGGACCUUGGCCGCUCAGCCGGGAAGGACAGACUGGCCGGGCAGGCGUGACUCAGCAGCCUGUACUCCCAGCAGAAAGGAGGGGAAAGGCAAGGCCAGGCGGCUUGGACUUGUACGGUUACAGGAGCUCUGGACGGACUUGAGCAGUAUGCACUGCUGUUUCAAAACGGAUACGGAUGAUGCUUCAUUUUCUAAAGGAUUAUGCUGCUGCAGCUUUGAGUUUUACAAUAAACUUAACUGAAACAAA